AUGGGAGAAAAAGAGGAAAAGAUUCUCGUUUUUCUCCCCAAAUCUCGGAGACGACUGAGAUUGACAUCACGGGGACUCACCUUUGACGUCCUCCUCCUCACACUGACAUUUUCCCUGUUUGCUCUCGGAACACUUUCCAUCAUAAACCCGACACAGUUUCACAACCUCUUGAGCUAUUUCCACUGUGGAUCGAGAUCGUCGAGUCAGAACACUACUGUUCCUAACGUGCUUGUGAGUGCCCCUCAGUGUGAUGUCACAUUCGACUCGGAUCGCUUCGACUGUUGGCCGGAGACAAAAAGCGCUGUCCAGCAGGCAUGUGAGGCUCGGGGGUGCUGCUGGGACACCAAUGUAGGUCAGGGGGUACCAACAUGCUUCUAUCCCCGGGUCUACAACAACUCCUAUCGAGUCACAUCAUUUCAGAAUACCACACACGGAAUGGAAGCUGUGCUUCAAAGGUCAACACAGUCCCCCUACCCGGGCGAUGUUAUGGAGCUCAAGCUGGAGGUCACGUAUGAGACUAAUGAACGACUCCGCUUCAGAAUAUUUGACCCCAACAGUAAAAGAUAUGAGGUUCCUAUCGAUCUCCAUAAAGGGACAGAGAUGGCUAGCAACCCGGACUAUAAGGUCAGUUUAUCAGUUGAACAGUUUGCUAUCACAAUCAGAAGGAUUUCGACAGGGGAGAUCAUGUUCGACUCUUCGGGAGUGUCCCCGCUUAUAUUCUCUGAUCAGUUUAUCCAGAUCGGAACCAAGCUGGCUACAAGCAAUGUCUAUGGGUUAGGUGAGCAUCGGUCAAGCCUGAAACUGGACACAGAGUGGACAAAGAUCGUCUUUUGGGCUAGGGAUCAAGCACCAACACUGGACGAGAAUCUCUAUGGCUCUCAUCCAUUUUUCAUGAACCUGGAUGGAAAGAAUAAUGCUCAUGGUGUAUUCCUGUUAAACAGCAACGCCAUGGAGGUGGACCUUCAGCCCGCCUACGGAUCAUCUGCACUCACCUAUAGGAGUAUAGGGGGCAUACUGGACUUCUAUGUCUUCCUCGGACCGACGCCAGACGCAGUUGUCCGACAGUACGUCAAUCUUAUCGGGAAACCCUUCUUCCCACCAUUUUGGUCCUUCGGGUUCCAUUUGUGCAAAUAUGGCUACAUGUCUUCAACUGAACUGAAAAAGGUCAUUGACAGGAACCGAGCAGCAAAUAUUCCCUAUGAUGUGCAAUGGAACGAUAUAGACUACAUGUCAUCUCAUCUAGAUUGGACGUAUGACAACAAAACAUAUGCAGGAUUGCCGGACAUAGUCGAUGAUUUGCAUCGGAAUGACCAAAAGUACGUCAUCAUUGUGGACCCUGGUAUUAGCAGUGUUGAGACACCUGGCAGUUACCCUCCCUAUGAUGAAGGCGUGGAGGAUGACAUCUUCGUUAAAGCACACGAUGGUAGCAAUUUGCAAGGUAAAGUAUGGCCAGGACAAACCGUGUUCCCCGACUUCUUAAACCCAAAUGCCUCAGACUGGUGGUAUAGACAGGCGAAGAUGUAUCACGAUGUAGUGUCGUUUGAUGGUCUUUGGACAGACAUGAAUGAACCUUCCAACUUUGUAGACGGAUCAAUAUCAGGAUGUACAAACAACUCCCUGGACAAUCCUCCUUUUAUCCCCCCGGUUAUAGACGGAUCUUCACUAUUUUCAAAAACCCUUUGUCCCUCGGCACAACAUCAUAUCUCAUCCCAUUACAAUGUCCACAGCCUGUAUGGAUUCAGUGAAGUGAGAGCAUCAAUGGGUGUCCUAAACCAGCUCAAGUCCGAGAGAAGCAUCGUGAUAUCUCGCUCCACCUUUCCAAGCUCUGGACGAUAUGGAGGACACUGGCUUGGCGAUAACAGAUCAGGGUGGCCAGACUUGUAUUAUUCCAUCCCUGGUAUUAUCAACUUCCAGAUGUUCGGGAUUCCGUUUGUUGGAGCUGAUAUUUGUGGAUUCGGUGGAGAUACAACACCAGAACUCUGUACCAGAUGGAUGCAGGUUGGAGCAUUUUACCCUUUCAUGAGGAACCACGAUGCCUUAGGACAGAAGGACCAAGACCCAGGAGCAUUUGAUUCAGUGACCCAGGGUUACAUGAGGUCAGUUCUUCAGACGAGGUACCUCCUUCUGCCAUAUCUUUACAGUCUGUUCUUCAGGAACCACAUUCAGGGAACGCCAGUUGUCAGACCGUUAUUUUUCCAGUACCCAGGAGAAGCUUCAGAAGUCGACAAACAGUUCUUGUGGGGCACAUCCCUCCUCAUAUCCCCCGUCCUUGAAGAAGGGGCUACGUCUGUGUCAGCUUACUUCCCUUCUGACGUAUGGUACGACUUCUACAACGGUUCUUGUCUGUCUACCGUCGGUGGGAGUGUUCUACUUGAUGCCCCUUUGUCAAAGAUCAACCUGCACGUUCGAGGAGGGUCAGUACUACCCACCAAACCAGCUUCUACAACGACUGCAGCUCUCCGGAUUCAGAGCUUCUCGCUGAUCGUUGCACUAGCAAAUGACGGUUCUGCCAAAGGGGAAGUGUACUGGGACGAUGGCAAGUCUUUAGAUUCUGUGGAGAAGGAGAAAUACAGUUUGGUGACUUUCUCUGUGGCAGGAAAGAUUCUCGAGAGCACGGUUUUGGUUGAUAACUAUGACAUGCUUUCGGAAAUGAAACUGGAUGGAAUCACAAUAUUUGGUGUCACCAAGAUGCCAAACCAAGUUCUGGUCAACAAUGUUCCUGUGACUUCUCAGUAUGAUAAUAGAAACCAAGUUUUGAAAUUACAAGGCUUAUCUGUAAGCCUUCUUCAACCGCUGAGGGUGAACUGGUGA